AUGUUGGUGUCCGCGGCCACAGCUGGUGGGGACACACUCCUGAAGGUGAUCAGCCCGGAGGGGCAGACGUUUGUGGCGGCGUUCGCCGACGAGACGCUUAUCGAGGACGUCAAGAACCGCGCCAUAGACUACUUCUACCCGAACGGGGCGCAGGGCGCGAGCCGCUACAAGCUGAUACGCGUGUUCGACACGUGCACCCUGCACGACUUCUUGACCGUAGCGCAGGAGCAGAUUGGCACGCAGGAGGAGUUACUGCUGGUCGAGAGGCGGGUGCCGGACGCGGGCGCGCUGUGGGACCUCGGCGCGGUGAGAGCGCCCCAGCAGAGCGCGAUAGCGGCGGCCACGGCGUCGCUGCCCCCCGCCCAGUCCACGGCGCGCCAGCCCAACCUGCAGUCGCUGCUGUCCACCAACGAGCUGACGUACGAGCUGCGCAAGAUCCUAAUAUCGCUGAUCGAGGCGGGCGCGCGGCUCGCCGCCGCCGGCAGGAACUACCGCGUGGCGCUGUCGCAGCUCUCGGCCGCGCUGGACGAGCCGCAACACAGCCGGGAGAUGGACGCGCAGGUGAUCACGCCCGAAGGGAUAGCGGCCAGGCUCCGGCCCGUGACGAGCGACUGUCGAGGGGCGCCGUCGAGCGAGCCGGGCUCCGUCUACGAGCGCGCCGCCCACCUGCAGCGGUUCCUGGAGAAGUUCCGCGCGUGGCGGGCGCGCCUCGCGGAGCCGCCCAGCGCGGAGGCGGUGGCGGCGCUCGGCGAGCUGGGCUUCGGCGCGGCCGAGGCGGAGGACGCGCUGCGGCGCACCGGCUGCAACGUGCCGGCGGCCGCCUCGUGGCUGGUGGGCGAGCGCGGCGCGAGCGUGUUCGAGCUGGUGGACGGGCUGCCCGACGGGCUGGUGCUGGGCACGCUGCUCGGCCAGGCGCAGGUGCAGCGCGGGCUGCUGAACACGCGCAUGCUGCUCGCGUUCAUCGCGAUGGUGGGCCGCACGGGCAGCGCCGCGCUGUGGCUCAACUCGCCCCACGGCAGCCCCCUCCUCUCGCACAUUUCGCGCACGUACCACUCGGAGAAGUACUGCCUCGCGGUGAACCAGUUCUCGGACGACGCGCGCCAGUGCAACGCCGCGCCCUCCACCUCCAGGCAGCGGCGC